UGCAAACUUAAUAUUCAAACUUUACAUAAGGUUUUAUAAUAAUUAUUAAGCAUCAACUUAGCAAUAUAAGCAGACUGAGAGUUUUAUCGCUGUGUUGGCAGAAACUUGCAAUAAAGAUGCAAUGAAGAACAAAACUAUUUUGUACUUAGAGCACUAUACUUUUUAUUCUAAAGAAUAAUAGAGUUUUCCUAAUCUAGUUAAUGUAAAAUGAAUUCUCAAUAAAAAUCGUUUGAAUAUGGAAGGAGUUUUUCCGAAGUGUUUAACUUUUAUUUUAGUCGCAUUUAAAAGAUUUUCUUGUUAAUCUAAAUAUGUUCAAGUUAGAGUCUUACAUUACACCUUUAUUACUUAGCUAUGUUGAUAAGUAUAUAAAGAAUUUAAAACCUGAAGAUUCACAAUUUUCAUUAUGGGGUGGUGACGCAGUUUUCUGCAACCUUGACUUGAGGCUCGAUGUUUUAGAACAGGAACUGCAACUUCCAUUUUACUUUGUUAAUGGCCAUAUUCAUGAGCUUCGCAUACACAUUCCUUGGACUAAAUUAGGUUCAGAACCUGUUGUUAUUACAAUUAACACAAUUGAAUGCAUUUUGAAACUGCGUCAUGAUGGUACUAACUCUGACUCUGACAUUCCAAAAUCACAUCAAACUGAAAAAUCUAGCAGUCAAAGCAAUAAAAGUUGUGACUCUAUAGAAGCUCCACCUGGUUACAUACAGAGUUUAUUAAAUCAUGUAAUAAGCAACAUUUGUAUAGUUUGCAAUAAUCUCAUUUUGAAGUAUGUUGAAGAUGAUAUAGUAUUAUCAUUAAAUAUAAAAUCUGUUGAACUUUAUAAUGCUGGUGAAAACUGGGAAAGAACUUAUGUUGAUACAAACCAAUCAGGUCUUGUUUCUCGAAAAGUGAUAACCAUGCAAGAUUUAACUGUUUGCUUGGAUAAAAGAGAUUCUUGUGGAAAAAUUGAAGCUUACCAAGACCCUCUUCUAUACAGAUGUUCCACUACUUGGCGCAUGUAUAAUUUGUAUGAUUCUGUCUAUUCAAAGUAUCCAAAAUUAACAAGAAUUCAUAUGUAUUGUGAUAAUUUAGAAUUUUCUUUGACUGAUCAGCAAUUACCUAUGUUUCUUAGACUAUUAUAUCUUUGUGUGUAUCUACACAAUAAAAGCAAUCUCUCCAACCAAGAAAGCAGGCACGUGAACGAUAGCAAUGAAAUUAUGGGCUCAUUGAUGAAUGAAUCAAGUUCUUUUGAAGAGAAUGCUAAUGAAGAAAGUUGGGGAUCUUGGGCUAUGUCUUUUGUUCCUGAUGUUGGAUUGAUACUUGGCUCUUCUACUAAUGAAGAACAGGAAAAAGAAUCAAACAUAUUGAAAUCAAAGAAAAUAUUCCAAUUUGGAAUCUUUAUUGGAAAAACAUCCUGUGUUUUAAAACAUACUGUUAUAUCAUCAACGAAGUACUCAUUUGCUCCAUCACUUUUGUUCAACUUGUUUGGGUGUUCUAUGGAAUAUACCUCAAAAGGGAAAGAUUUUGCAAAUAUUCAAAUUGGUAUUGGUGGUGCUACUAUUUCAGGAUAUGAGGAGUGUGUUUGUGGUUACCAGGACUCACAAAGCAGCUAUAAUGAUACGAAAAAGAUAUUUUUAAAAUCUGGUGUUCCUCCUGGAAAUAGUCAUCCUUACAGUUUUUUGACAUCAUCAUUAUUUGAUCCUCUUGCACCAGAAAACUGUAAUCAGGAGCGAAAAUAUUGUUUUUCUAAAGAAGAGCACCUAUCCACCCUCUCUGAAGAAGUUAUGUUUCAAAGGUACCCUGCUUUAGCCUUUGACUAUCUCUAUGAGCUGCUAAUUCCGGAAGAUUGGAAUGAUAGAUUAUCAGAACUUACUUCAUCUUUUUUAGAGGAGAGUAAUUGGCCUGAAUCUUCAACUGCUCGCUUAGUUUUUGGACCUUUCUGUUUUGAAGUCACAAGUAGCGUAGUCCACAAGCUUACAAAAUUAUUGCAUUGUGCUCAAGAUUAUGAGUAUCCGAGUUACACUCAAAUUUGGGACCUUCCACUUCAUCAGAUUUGUGCUUCUAAAGAUAUUGAACUAUUAGAAGAAUCUGUUCCUUCUCGUUUGUAUCAACUUACUUUGUUUAAGCCUGUUGUUCAUUUAUUCAUUGCCAACCAUUUCCCAUACUCAAAUACUCUUUCAAAAAAAGGGAAAAAAAGAACCUCUAAGCUCUCAAAAGUGGCCAAGGUGUCUAAAAGUCAUGAAAAACUGUUUUGUCUUGAAUUUUAUGCAGAAUGUAUAGAUUUUCAGUCAAGCUAUCCCAUGUAUCCAAAUAAGCUUGUCAAAAUUGUAAAAGGGCUCCAAAGCUUUUCUCCAUUGCUCGAGAAUCACUGUUACAACUCAUAUUCAGGAAAAGUAUUUGGUUUUGAAAUUUCAUUGCACAAAGAAAAUCCAAAUUCUUUCUUCGAACCUGCUAUUAUUCAUCAGACAAAUAUAACAAUUUUUCUAAAAACACGAAUUCUACCAGAAAGUUGGGAUACUCAUGAAGAUUUAACAUUAAAAGAAUUCACAUUGGAAUGCUCUCAGAUACAAUUACGUUUAUCUGAGCUUAAAGUUUUGGCACUAAUUGCAAUAUAUAAAGCAUGGACGGUUAAGCAUUUUAAUUCAAGUAAUCUUGAAAAACUUCAGCAAAUAUCUGAAAAACUUGAAAAUGAUUUCCAUUAUCUUUCUCUUGAAGUUACCAAUAUUUUCUUUACAUAUAUUCGGCAACAAGAUUUAACUUUUAUGAAAUUUUUGAUAGAGUGUCUAUCCUUGAAGUUUUUUAACCAAAAUAUGUUUAGUGUUUUGCUCCAUGCUCCUGAAUCAACUUCUAAUAUACAUGAAGGAAUUGUACUUUCACAAUCUAAUGAUCUUGUGACUCAAACUACAAAAGAAGAGAAUUUUUUUCAGUUAUUAUUGCAAAUUCCAUAUAAUGCUUCAAUUGCUCACCCAUCAUUAUGCAUUGUACGAAUUAGUGGUUCAGCAGCAUGCUUUGAGCCAGCUUUAUUCUCUUGGCUUGAUCAUGAUGUGCUUUCAUUGAUUAAUAUGGCAGUAGAUUUAGAAGCUACCUCUACAAGCUCAGUUGAGUUAGAUGAGGCUUCAACUUGUAGCAGCUUAACUCAUGAACCUUCUGCCAGUCUUUCAUUUAGUAAAUCAAAUUUUGCUGUAUUUGAUAAAGCAAAGGAAAUAAGUUUUCGUGAAUACGUGGAAAGUAUUUUUGCUAAACAUAGUUCCAAUUUUUCGUAUCUACUUGUUGAAGUUGAUAUUGGAUGCCUUUGUGUUCUUUUACCUCAAUCAAAUUGGUCAAUUGUGCCAGAGGAGGAUCUUUCAACCUUGUUAACAUGGCAGCGAUCUUUACUUGAAGGCAACUUAGAUGGAGCUUGCAUAUUUAGUUUCCCUCAAAUUAAAAUGAAAAAUAAUAAUUUUAUUAGCAAUUUUUUACAGAACGUGAAUUUCUCACUUACAAAUUCUGCAAUUUCUGGAUUUCAGACUGAUAAGAAAUGUGAAGAGUUAUUUCCUUGGACAUUAGAAAUAAACAAUUGGAGUAUUUAUUCAAUUUACAGAGAAAAAAAAAUGAAUGAUGAAACAGUCUUUCUUUGGCCUGUCAGUUUCUUAUCCACUAUUGCUUUAUCUCAAAAAAAUAAGCAAAACCAACUUGCAUUUUGUGUUCAUAUGGAUUGCAAAAUACUCCAUCUCAAUGUGUCUUCCUUUCAUUCUGAACAUUUGGUACAGAUUUUCCAAGUGGUUACAUCUACAUUAAACUUCGUUAAAAAAAUUAAUUCAUGGAGUUCUAAUUUUCAUUUACUUCCUUCUAAUUUGUAUCAACGUGAAUUAUUAAAUGUUUGUGUUGUUCCUAAAAGUAACAGUCAUUCUAAGCAGUCGAUACCUGAUGAAGCUUCAUUAUUAGUUAUUCAAGAGACAAAACAAUCUAAGAAGUUAACCUUAUGGGCUCAGCUAACUCUUUCUAAGCUUACUAUAAUUCUUCUAACGAAGUUAAAGCACAGUUCAAACCACUUAGAUUUCAAAUUGAAGUUUGAUGCAGAGGAGAUUGUCUCUUCCCUUGAUAUCCAAGAAGUCUAUUGUAAAGUGAAGGUUAAAAUGUCAUCCUUAAAUGUAAAUUGUUUUAAAAGGCAGUUUAGUUCACAUGAUUGGAUUUCAGGUCCAUAUGAGGGUGUUGUGUUCUUUUGUAACAGCAUAUUGCCUAAAGCAGUGAAAUCAAAAACAUUCAACGAUCAUGCAAAUAUUGGUCAACUACCCCAUUUAAAGCAAGACACACAGCCCUUUUUAACCCUUACUUACACUCAAGCAUUACAUUCCAGUGCAUCUAAGAAGUGGUCUCUUAAUCCUAAACAUGAUUUUCCAACAAUUUUAGAGGGAAAAGAUUAUAUAAGUGAAAUUGAUUUGAAGCUGAAUUCAUUUGGCAUAAUUUUGUGGAUGUCAAUAUUAGAUUCAUUACAACAGAGUUUACCACAUUAUAGUGAAGAACCUGUAAAGCCUGCUGAACCAGAAAAUGUAAACAUGGAUAAGAAUACCAUUGGUAUGGAGUUUUGCAGCUAUAAUUUACCACUUUUUUAUAUUGAUACAAAAAUAAUGCAGUUUUAUUUCCCUGAGAACAAUAUUUUAAUUAAUUAUAACAAAAAUAAUAAAAUAACUGAUUUAAAUGAAACCGAAGUUUUAUUUUUGCAACUUGACUCAGCAACUUUAACAUCACAAGUGGAAAACCCUUUACCUCGUAUUAUAUUAAAUUCUGAACUAUACAAUGCAGCAUUGAAUUCAAAAACAAUUGGUAUGCCUGGAGCUGUAAUUGAAGACAGACAGUAUCAGAUAGAUGUGAAUAGUCUGGCCAUUGGAACAAUAUCUGGGUCAAAUAUUUUGCAUCAUAAUGAAGUUAAAGGAAAAUUGGAUUUAAAGUGCCCAAUAAUAAUGGGAGAAAACCCAGCAUUAGAAUGGAAUAUCGGUGCAAUUCCAGAGAAUAGAAAAAUUCCCGAUGAAAGAUUUUUGAUAACUCCAAUUGUAUCACCAAUUAAUGUCAAAGUUAUUGUUGCUCCUGCUGUUAUUUGCAGAUCACUUAAUAAAGACUUUAUGAUAGAAAACAUUCUUGUUGCUGGAAUAUCUGUGGAAAUCAAUGUUACUAAUGAAGUUAGCUUAUAUCUAAGUACUCAACAAAUCUGUUUGUUGAAUGCUCUUCUACAAAAUAAUGUAAAUUUCUUACUUGAGUUGUACAGUAAUCAUAGUCAUAAUAUUGGUACUGGCUUUUUGGAGGACAGCAUUUCUGAUAGUGUGAAUUUUAAUUUAAAAUCUAUUUUGCAUUCUCAAAGUGAAGAUCCUUUCAUUACCGAAUUUGAAAAAGUUCCAAGUCAUAAUUUUGUACCAUUUGAAGUACUAGUUACAGCUGGAACAGUAUCUGCUAUGCUUUAUUAUUAUAACAUUUCAAAAAUAUCUAGUUUAGAUCCUUCUAACACAAAUAAUCAAAGCAAAAUGAUCAAAAACUUCAAAAAUGCAAUAGAAAACAACGAAAAUAAAGAGUUACAUCCAUUUUUGUAUUUAUCUGUUAUUCAACCACAUAGUUAUUUACUUUGUCAACCUUCCUCUCAGAAAUUUGAGUCAUCAUGUUUUGAUAUUGAGCUAAGUGGCUCACCAGCUGAUUUCAUUGUUGAAAAGCCUUACAUUUCAGUAUCUCCAGUCAGUACUGACUUUAUAUUUUCUUAUUUGGAAACAAAACCGGGAGAACUACAUCAAAAAACUGGAAUACCACCUGCGCUAUUAACCAUUAGAUGUUUAGAUAUUUUUGAACAAAACACUCAUAUGACUAUUUCCAUUGAAAGACCUCUUAAAUUUAACUUAGUAAGCAAUAUGUGGAAAGCUUUUGAAUCAUUUAUGGAAAGAUUACAGCUGGAAUUCCUUAGUGUGAAAGAUUCUUCUUCCAUUUUGCAACCAGUUUCAAAUGAAAAUGAAAUGGACAAACAAAUGAAGUUUCUUUCUUUGUUUCAAAAAAUUACCCUAUCAACUACACAGUUAGUGAUUGAUUUAGUUCCCUCUAUAAAAGAUAAAUCAGAGGUACUCAUAUUUUCUGUGGGUAGUUUAAAGAUGGAAAGUGAGUUUGAAAUUCGUAAGGAGGAAAUAAAAAGUUGUGACUUGAUGUUAACUGUUUCAAGUUUGAGCUUGCAAACAAAUUGCAAUGAAGAAAUAUGGACUCAUAUUCAUCCAUCGUCAUUUUCAUCAACAGUUAAAUGUCAUUUUAAACCAUGUUUACAAUUUGAAACAUCAUUUAUUGCGGAAAGUAUACUGCUGAGAUUAAGUCUACGACAUACACAAGUACUAAAAAAUUUGGUGGAACAUUUUUUGAACAUAUAUUAUAAAUCACAAAAAGAAAAAACUUCAAAUUUUGAGGAAAAAGAAAUAAAGUGUGAUGAAAAUAACUUGAAUAGCUUGAAGAAAAAAAUAUACUGGACUGAUGAUUUGAGAAAAGGAGCUUUUCAAUUUAUUCAAACUAGUUCUAAAGAAAGCCAGCCAAAAAGUUAUGAAAUAGUUUUUUGUCAUGCCUCUGCAGAUCAUCCAGCUUCUAUGACUUGGUGUUACCCAGAACCAAGAUUUUUAACAAAAGUGGAUGUCUCUCCAGUUCCAUUUCAGACUGAUGUAGAAGAUUUUAAUGAAGAAUCACAGUGUUUGUCCUGUUAUCUUCAAUAUUGGAACUCUGCAGACAAAGAAUACAUCAAUCUAUGUGACUUUGUUUUGUCAGAAACAAAGCACAUUUCCUUAAAUCUGUUAGAUCUUGAUAAGGACUCUAUUGCAAUGUCAGAUAAAUGGAGAGUACUUUUAGAUUGUGGUGGUAGAUAUGUUAAUGAAGAUAAUAUUUAUGACAAAAGAAAACCUCUCCUUUCUCCUCUUGCAUUAGCAGCAUGCAUGUCAGUUGAUUCUUGCUUUGAUGCAAAUUUAGUACCUCUUUUUCGUAUGCGAGCAUCAUUUGAACUCCUUAAAAUGAUUUGCUAUAAUCAUUUUGAGAAAACAGGGUGUUCUCCUAGUCUACAUCCAUUUGAAUUUGAUGAUGAGUGUCCUUCUAAUCAAGAAUUUUCAGCCGUUUCUUUUGUUAAUCCAAAUAUUUCUUACUCAAACUGGAAUUCAAAAAUAAAAACUGAAUUGUCUUCAGGUGUGACUUGGGAUAUAUUGGAAUAUCGAAAUUUAACCAUGCUGCCAUUAAUAAGUCCUGUGGACAUUCAUGCUUCUAUAUCAUUCACUUUUGGAAAAAAUAAGGAACAUGCCAUUGAUAUGGAUUUUUUAAUUCAUCCAUGCUUUGUUAGGCUUAGCCAGUCAGCAAUUCAUACUCUAUCUUAUACAUUCCAUAUGAUUUCACAGCAACAAGCCAUUGGAUCUUCUUUUUGUACUGAAUAUGUUUUACCAAAUUAUUACUUAAUUUGCAAUAAUCUUGAGGAACGCAUUCUUUUUGGUCAGUCUGGAACUGAUGAAAACAUUUUACUUUCUCCUAUGAAGAUGCAUGCAUAUAGUUGGUACUGUAACAAAACAAAACAGGUUUUAUGGUUAAGUGUUAAAAGCCUUGCCUGGAAAUGGAGCAAAGAAUUUAGUAUAGAUGAAGAAGGUACUCAUGUUGUUCAGUUUGAUAAUAGAGUUGGAGCCAUUAUCAAAAUAAAAAAGUUAUCAAAUCUUCAAAAGCAGGUUAUUAUUGAUGGGCACCUGGCAGUUCAAAACCUACUUAGUUUCCCAAUACAGUUCAAAUGUGAAUUUUCUAAUAUUGUGACACUUACAGAAACUCCGAGUAAUGCAAAUGUGAUGUCAAUUAAAUCACUAGCUCCAAAAACAAAGUCUCCAGCAUUUUUGUUAUCUUCUAAGGAGUAUAAAGGUCUGUCUUUAUCUUUCACUGCUAUACUUGAUUCACAAAUUUGGUCUCACACCGUUCAGUUAGAAGACAAUAAAAUCAUUGAGAUUCCUUGGUCUAUUUAUAACCAGUAUCAGUGUGUUCGGUAUCAAGUAGUAAAACAAAAAAUAUCAUCUAAGUGCUGGUCAUUUAAGGUUUUUAUCAGUCCUUUACUUAUAUUACGCAAUCAUCUCCCUUUUUCUUUAAAUAUCAAUAUCAUGUCUGAGAAUGAUAAUACUUUGUUUGACAUCACUGGUAAAGGUAAUGAAACUGCAUGUUUAAUGAAAUCCGUGAACGAUCAAAUUAUUCAAGUUAAUGCUAUAUCUGAAAAUGGUUUCAACAUAAAAAUGCCAGCAUUGCCUAUAUCUUUAUCUAAUCUGAAAGAUGUACCAAUAACACUUUUGAACGAAACUGAAAACUUAGAUUAUUGCUUUUCUGAAAUGGAAUCUGUGCUUCAUAAAAGUUGGCCUUAUAGCUUCUUUGAUAGCUGCUCAAAAUACUUAAUAAACUUUGUCGACUCUAUGUACAUUUGUUCUGAAACAAUAAAUGAUGUCAUUCCUGCUAUACCAGAGGAUGUUUGCUGUGUAUUAAAAGUGGAAAAAUCACAACGAUGGAUUGGAUUAAAUACUGUUUUGCUUGACAUAAAACCUGAAAUGGUUCUUAUUAACAGGUUGAGGCACGUUAUUUACUUACAUAGUGAACAUGGCUUAGAAUGGACUUUACCAGCAAGCUCUGUUGCACCAUUAGCUUCACCAUAUAAUGGCUUUCAACUUAGUGUCAUGGAGGAUGGUGUUCAUUAUUUUAGUUCAUCAUUGACAGUUGAAGGAUGCAAUGUUUCUAAAUCUAAGACUGAGGCCAGCAUGGAUACUACUUUUUCAAUUAAUUCAACUGUAAUUAUUCCUACCAGUGGGUCAUCAAACAUUAUUAUUCCAUUAAAGGCUGAUACAAAAAAGGUGUUUUUGUUUAAGCUAUUGACUGAAGUACAAGAAGGAAUUGUUGUUAUUACUGCAUUUCCUCUGGUUAGUCUAGUCAACAAAUCAGACAUUGAUCUGCAUUUUUCUUUAAUUUGUGCUUCAGGCAGUGAUGCAAAUAUGAAAUGUGAAUAUUCAAACGAUUCAUCAUUGUUCAUAGAAGGUAAAUCUGAUAAUUGUCAUCCUUUGCUCUCUUGGAGAAAAAUUUCUUUAGCUUCAUCAGAUGCUCUAAGUUUUUACAUAUAUGUCUCUACUUCAUGCAAAAAGUGGAGCUAUCCUAUCUGUUUUCAUACAAAACUCAACAAUGAUAAUCGGCAUGCAGUUUCAUUACCUACUGGAUCAGUGACUACCCAUCCACUUAUAUUCACAAGUCAUUGGAGAAAAGGUCUUUUGUUUUUGGUGCUCAAUAAUGAUCCUUGUCCUCUUUUGCUUCUUCACAAUCACACAAAUCUUAAUUUAUAUUAUGGCCAAAGUUGUUUUCAAACAGAAGGAAAAUCAGUAGUUGAAGAAGUUGAAAACAGUUUUGUUCCUCUAAUUAAUCCUGGAUGCUCUUCUCAUUACUCUUUUCCUUCUAUGGAUAAGAGUUUUCCUGUUAGUCUUGAUUCAGUCCCUAUGCUUUGUAUUGGGCUAAAAGAAAAUGACAAUCAAAAUUAUUUGUGGAGUAAUCCGUUUAAAGUUAAUCUAGAUAAGCAAUUUAUUCAUGUCCUUGGUGUAUGUGAUUUUAUGAUACAAACAGAAUGCAUAGGUCAUACUACUAAUCUAUAUAUAGAUAUAGUUAAACGCAUUGAAGUCACCGCCAAUGAAGUUCGAAGCCGAAUAGAUUUGGCCACCAAAUCUCAAGCUAGUACCAAAGAUGAAUAUGUGAAGCAGAAGGUGUUAGGUGACAAAAUAUUAAACAGCCUUGAAGUUUCAUCUACAAAACAUUUUAAUGUAGUAAAAAAGAAUAUUAGUUUAGAUAGCGAUCACACCCAUUAUCCAAAUACUUAUUAUUUGAAUAUGCGAGUUAUUCAUGUAAGUGUGGUGUUUUGUGAUGAAUUCUUCCAGUGGAACAAAAACAUUGAAGUUUUAAGAGUAAAUAUUGAUAAUGCCUUGUUAUUUCUGAGACCAAAGAAUAUUAACUCAAAAGUUAUUUUGCAAGAUAUUUCAUUGUGUUUCGGGCACAUUCAAGUUGAUAAUCAAAUUGAAAAUUAUGAUAAAACAAUUGGGUUUGAUUUUCCUGUUAUCUUACAUAGAGGCAAUGAUCUGAAAGAAGAAAUUAGUAUAAGUAAAGAAAACACAAUGUUUUUACCUAAUAAAAUUCGUGAAAAUGCAAUGUUUAUUUUAAAUGCUGUCAUAGAGCAUGCUAAUGAAGAAAACUGUUCUAUAAUUUUAAAGUCUUGUGAGAUAAAUCUAUUACCUAUAUCUCUGUAUUUAGAAGACAAAUUUUAUUUUAAAUGCAUUGCAUUGUACAAGUCAUACACACCUGCUAAUUUUCAUCAUCAUAUUUCUGAUUGGAAAGAUAUCUAUUUACCUGAAGAUGUUAUUACAAUUUCGUCUAUGUUUAUUCAUCCCAUACAUUUUCAAAGUUUAAAGAUUAAUGUUCAAGAAAUAUCUUUGAGUAUUCGUGCUUCUCUAAAGUUAUAUCUUUCACUUGAACAUUCACCCCUGCGAUUUCAGCCUUUUGUGAAAGAAGAACUUUUUACUACUUAUUAUGAAGCUGGUCGUAUUUUAAUGAUGCAUUACCUAACUGGUGCAUUGUUUAGAGCAGGUUGGGUUGUUGGCUCACUUGAUAUUUUGGGUAAUCCAGCUACUUUUGCCCGUGCAGUUGGUGCUGGAGUUGCAGAUUUUGUUUAUUUACCUUAUAAAGGAUUACUGAAGGGACCAAAAGCAUUUAUUACCGGACUUUCAAAUGGUGCACUGUCUCUUUUUACUCAAGUAUCUUCAGGUAUACUCACAUGUAUGGCAAGCUUAACUGCUAGUAUUUCCAAAAAUAUGGAUUAUCUAUGUUUGGAUGAAGAACAUUUAGCUCGUCAGGAAAUGGUUCGUCAUCGCUUGCCUCAAGGAGUUUCUGAGGGUUUAUUUCAAGGUCUAAGUGUAUUUGGGCUCAGUCUUCUCAGUGCUAUUGCUGGUAUUGUUGAUCAUCCUUUACAAGUUCUUGUUUCUCCAUCCACACCCAUUGAAACUGCAUCUGGUGUUGUUAGUGGAUUAGGUAAAGGCAUUGUUGGUAUUUUCACUAAGCCAAUUGGUGGUGCUGCGGAAUUAUUUUCUCAGACUGGUUAUGGUUUGCUUCAUGGUGCAGGUUGGCUUAUUCCUCCUAAAAGGCAAUACCAACCAGUAACAGUAUCUUUUGAAAUGACACCUAGCAGCCUUGUGAAAUAUGUAUCAAAAGUAGCUUUGUAUCAUUCUCUUGGAGAAGUAUUGUUGUCAUCAGAAUCAACAUAUGUGAACGAAAAUGGGGAAUAUGAAAAAAAUAUCUUACUACUGACGACUGAGGCCCUGUGUAUUUUAGCUGAUGAUGAAUUUACUGUGCUGCACACAUUUGCCUUGACAGAAAUACGUUGCAAUAAAUCUGAGGCUGACAGAAGUACACUGAUCGUCAUUCCUAGUGGUACUUUCCACAAACAAGACUCUCGAGAUGCUCUAGAUAGAGUUGUGGAUUAUUUAAAGAAAAAUAGAGUAGAAAUUUCAAGUGAUUUUGAAACUUCUUUCUUUAAUCAAGAAAUUACAUCAGACACUUUCGCAAAAUCAAACUCUUCAUGUUUUAUAUUUUUUCUAUAUCCUAAAGAUCGCAAUUUAUUUCUAACGCUUUUUAAUUACGCAAAAAAUAAAGCGUUACGUAAAGGAUUUUAAAAUAUUAUAAAACAAAUUUGUUUGAAAGAAACUUUUCAAGAAAAAUAAUAAGUCAUUAUUUCUGUUUUCAUAUUUGAUGUUGAAUUUUGUUCAACUAAAUUUAAUUUUUCUGUUUAAUAAUUGAAUCAUUUUUAACUAAUGAACCUACAAAGAAAAAUAUAAUGAAUUGUACUAGUUAUUUAUGAAAUUAAGUUGGUGUAUUAAUAAGCUGUAUGCAAUACAUAUAUACUGUAUGCAAUAUAUAAGCUGUGUACUGUUUGACAAAUGAAAUUUUUAUAUAAAUUAUUUAUAUAAUGUAAAAACUGUUAACUUAUUGUAUUGCAUUAACUUUUAUGUGUUAUUUAUAAAUUUAAAAAAGUAAUUGUGCUUUCACAAAAUUUGAACUUUUAGGUGUUAUGUUUACUAUGUCAUGUUAUUGUGUGAGUUAUUUAUGAUGUUAAGUUUGUUUAUUUAUAAGCUGUGAACAUCCCUUCAGCAAAUACUAUCAUUUAUUAUAAUAUAUCAACUUUUGUUUGAAUAAAAAUUUUAAAGCUACAUCAGUAAAACUGAUGUUUGGGAAAAUGCAAUUUUUAUGUUAAAUAUUCAUAUCACAUAGAAAAUUAUGAACUUAAUGUGUUACAGAGACUUAUAUCUGUGAUUUAUGAAUUAAAAGGAAAAAUAAUCACAUUAUAACAAAAUUUGAACCCAAGUGUUUACAUGGUAUGAAUAUUUAUCAAAUUUAUAAACUGAUGUUUCAAAAAUGCCCUUUUUAUUUUUAUAUUAAAUAGUUAAGCUAUAUUAAAAUGAUGAACUUAGUUACAAAAAUUAUGAAUAAAAAAAAGUAAUUUUAAAAAUAAAAUCUUACCAAAGUUUAAUCUAUUUAUUUAAACUGUAUAAUUUGUAAUUUACACUUUGUAUAUUCUACCAAAUUAAUCAUAUAAUAUUGAAAUAUAUUGCUCUGUGUUCAAAUAAAGCCUGAAAGUUUUUUUUUUA